AAUCUGUUGAGAGAAUAAGAAGCUCUUGAGAUUUGGUGUGUGCCAUAAGUGAAGAGAAUUUUUAGACAUGCAGUUAUUAUCACUUGUAUUGUUUACAUUCAUCUUGAUGAUAUUUUUCACGGUCGAUUGCCAAUAUACAUUUCUUGACACAAAGUUUGGACCGUUUGUAAAAAUUGCUCGACUAUUCGCAUCCGAUUUGAUAAAGCCAAGAACUUUUGAACUUGGCUAUCAAAUUAAUUUGAGAAAUGGUAAAGCUCAGCAAUUAUUUAAAGAUGAUUUCUUCUGUGAUGCGAAUGGUCCUGGAAGAAGAAGCGAAAGUGUGCCAUCGUCGGUUCAUAGAUUGACCCCAGGUGAUAUUGAUGUUAUUGGAGCUAUGGGGGAUUCUCUUACAGCCGCAAAUGGUGCUUUGGCUGUGAAUGGUUUGCAAACAUUACUUGAGGGUAGAGGAGUUUCAUGGUCAAUAGGUGGACGAGAUAAUUGGAGAAAAUUCUUAACGCUGCCAAAUUUAAUUAAGGUCUAUAAUCCAAAGCUUUAUGGCUAUUCGGAGGCUGAAAAUUCUGUGGGUUUUCAACGUGAAAGUAAAUUUAGCGUUGCAGAGCCUGGUGCAAUUUCGUUCCAUACAAUACAACAAGCUAAGAAUCUUGUAAAGCGAAUGAGAUCAGAUCCGCUCGUCGAUAUAAGUAAACACUGGAAAGUAAUCACUAUAAUGAUUGGUUCGAACGAUUUUUGUUUAGAUGUUUGCUAUUAUGAUAAUCAAGAUAAAUUGAUUGACGACGCGGAACGGAAUAUGAUACAUGUUUUGAGAAUCAUUCGAGAAAAUCUUCCACGAACUUUGGUAAAUGUUCUCAUACCGGUCGAUGUUGGGCUCCUGUUUACCUUCAAACAAAUUUCACCUGAAUGUAAAGGUUUUCAUUAUGCAGAAUGCCCUUGCUUGGCAAGCGUAACACAAUUCAAAAAAAUUAAAAGAACCCUUAGAACUAUCAGAUUAUGGAAGGAGAGAAUUGUAAAAGUUGUCGAUAUGGAAGAGUUUCACAAUCGAGAUGAUUUUGAAGUAAAUCUAAUUAAGUUUACGAAGAAUGCAAGAUUGCCAGAUGCAAAAAACAACAUUACAGAUUACACAUUACUAUCCCAAGAUUGCUUUCAUCUGUCACAAAGAGGACAUAGCUACUUCGCGAUGAAUUUAUGGAAUCAAAUGUUAACCAAAGAAAAUGAAAGACCAUCUACAACAAGCUUUAAUUAUGCAGACUUUAAAUGUCCGACUUAUGAAAAUCCUUACUUUAGAACGAGAAAAAAUUAAAUAAGGG